UGUUUCAAAUUUUUCAGAAAUUCUUGAGCCAUUAAAAGUCUGCAGAGAAAUUUCUUCGCUUCACACAAGUAUAUAUUGUUUUAAUAUAACACCUGAGUAAAUAUUGAAUAAAAAUAUAAACGUUGUUUUAAAUUGUUCAAUCAUGUUAUUUACAUGAUUGGAUCUCUUGACCCAAUUUACAAUUGCUCUAUCUAAGGGUGGCUUAUUGAUUUUAGUCAAAAUUGUAUCAUCGUUGGAUGUAAAUGUAUGUGGAACCAACUAUAAAACAGAUAUGCAAUCUCAAGGACAAGGUCAACAACUAUCGCAGCUGCAACCAGCGAACCAUUCAUUAUUACAACAUCAGAAUGUAACGGGAAGUAAUUUACCCGUAAAACAAAAUGAACAUCAGUCUCUUUCAUCUGUUGGUUUACUAGAAUUGGCUCACAGAGAAUAUCAAGCUGUUGACUACGAAAGUGCAGAAAAACAUUGCAUGCAAUUAUGGCGGCAGGAUAGUACAAACACAGGAGUUUUAUUAUUGCUGUCCUCUAUACAUUUUCAGUGCAGAAGACUUGAUAAAUCAGCACAAUUUUCUACAUUGGCAAUAAAACAGAACCCAGUGCUAGCUGAAGCUUAUAGUAAUUUAGGGAAUGUUUAUAAAGAACGUGGGCAACUGCAGGAAGCUUUAGACAACUAUCGCAGAGCUGUACGCCUAAAGCCAGACUUUAUUGAUGGAUAUAUCAACUUGGCUGCUGCAUUAGUAGCUGCGCGUGAUAUGGAAUCUGCUGUUCAAGCGUAUAUUACAGCAUUGCAAUAUAAUCCCGAGCUGUAUUGCGUGCGCAGCGAUCUGGGAAAUUUACUUAAAGCCCUUGGUCGUUUGGAAGAAGCUAAAGCCUGCUACCUGAAGGCAAUUGAAACAUGUCCUGGAUUCGCUGUUGCAUGGAGCAAUUUAGGGUGCGUGUUUAAUGCCCAGGGAGAGAUUUGGUUGGCUAUUCACCACUUUGAAAAAGCUGUUACUCUUGAUCCAAACUUUUUGGACGCAUAUAUAAAUUUGGGAAAUGUUCUUAAGGAGGCAAGAAUAUUUGACAGGGCUGUAGCUGCCUACUUACGUGCUUUAAACUUAUCCCCGAAUAAUGCUGUAGUUCAUGGAAAUUUGGCCUGCGUUUAUUAUGAACAAGGCCUUAUUGAUUUAGCUAUCGACACAUAUAGGCGGGCAAUAGAGCUGCAGCCAAAUUUCCCCGAUGCCUACUGCAAUCUUGCAAAUGCUCUUAAGGAGAAAGGGCAGGUUAAAGAAGCUGAGGAUUGCUAUAACACUGCACUAAGACUGUGUUCAAAUCAUGCAGAUUCCCUUAAUAAUUUAGCCAAUAUAAAAAGAGAGCAAGGGUACAUUGAAGAAGCAACUCGACUUUAUUUGAAAGCUUUGGAAGUGUUUCCUGAUUUUGCUGCCGCCCAUUCAAACUUGGCAUCCGUUUUGCAACAGCAAGGAAAAUUAAAGGAAGCAUUAAUGCAUUACAAAGAGGCCAUCAGAAUUCAGCCCACCUUUGCAGAUGCCUAUUCUAAUAUGGGAAACACCCUUAAAGAAUUACAAGAUGUCAGCGGAGCACUUCAAUGCUACACCAGAGCGAUUCAAAUUAACCCAGCCUUCGCUGAUGCCCAUAGUAAUUUGGCAAGCAUUCAUAAAGAUUCUGGCAAUAUUCCAGAAGCUAUUCAAUCUUAUCGAACAGCCCUAAAGCUAAAACCUGAUUUUCCUGAUGCUUAUUGUAAUUUGGCUCAUUGUUUGCAAAUCGUCUGUGAUUGGACUGACUAUGAUAUUCGAAUGAAGAAAUUGGUUAGUAUAGUUGCCGAGCAGCUUGAAAAAAACCGUUUACCAUCCGUGCAUCCACAUCACUCAAUGCUUUAUCCUUUGACACAUGAGUAUCGUAAAGCAAUUGCAGCCCGUCAUGCCAAUUUAUGUUUAGAAAAAGUUCAUGUGCUUCAUAAAAAACCGUAUAAUUUUUUAAAAGAAUUGCCAGCCAAUGCUAGGCUACGUAUAGGGUAUCUAAGCUCGGACUUUGGAAAUCAUCCUACCUCACACUUAAUGCAAUCUGUGCCAGGUCUCCACGAUCGUUCAAAAGUAGAGAUUUUCUGUUAUGCUUUAAGUGCAGAUGAUGGGACAACAUUUCGAUAUAAAAUCAGCAGAGAAUCUGAAAACUUUGUGGAUCUCUCACAAAUUUCUUGUAAUGGCAAAGCGGCAGAUAAAAUUUAUAAUGACGGUAUACAUAUUUUGGUAAAUAUGAAUGGAUACACGAAGGGAGCAAGAAAUGAAAUAUUUGCUCUUCGCCCUGCUCCAAUACAAGUAAUGUGGUUGGGCUAUCCAGGUACUAGUGGCGCUAGUUUCAUGGACUAUAUUAUUACUGAUGCUAUUACUAGUCCAAUGGAUUUGGCUUACCAAUACAGCGAGAAGUUGUCUUAUAUGCCGCACACAUAUUUCAUUGGCGACCAUAAGCAAAUGUUUCCACAUUUAAAAGAGCGGAUAAUUGUAUGUGACAAACAACAAUCCUCUGUUGUAGAUAAUGUAACGGUUAUAAAUGCCACGGAUUUAUCACCUCUAGUUGAAAAUACAGAUGUAAAAGAGAUUAAGGAAGUUGUUAACGUACAAAAACCAGUCGAAAUUACUCAUAAAGUCGCUGAGCUGCCAAAUACGACACAAAUAGUAUCAAUGAUAGCGUCUGGUCAAGUACAAACUUCUUUAAAUGGUGUUGUUGUUCAAAACGGAUUGGCUACUACCCAAACUAACAAUAAGGCCGCUACCGGUGAAGAGGUACCACAAAAUAUUGUAAUAACCACUCGUCGACAAUAUAUGUUACCUGACGACGCUAUUGUCUACUGCAAUUUUAAUCAGCUGUACAAAAUCGAUCCUCAAACACUUGAAUCUUGGAUACAAAUUUUAAAAAAUGUGCCUAAGUCAGUUUUGUGGUUACUGAGGUUUCCAGCAGUUGGUGAACAAAAUAUUAAAAAGACAGUUAGUGAUUUCGGAAUAUCUCCUGAUAGAGUAAUUUUUUCAAAUGUAGCUGCUAAAGAAGAACACGUACGUCGCGGUCAAUUAGCUGAUAUAUGUCUUGACACUCCAUUAUGCAAUGGACACACUACAUCUAUGGACGUCUUGUGGACGGGUACCCCUGUCGUAACUUUGCCAGGGGAGACAUUAGCCUCAAGAGUUGCUGCCUCUCAACUUGCUACUCUUGGAUGUCCAGAGUUAAUAGCUCGUACAAGAGAAGAAUACCAAAAUAUUGCUAUACGUCUGGGAACAAAAAAAGAAUAUUUGAAAGCCCUACGAGCAAAAGUAUGGAAAGCACGUGUGGAUAGUCCGUUAUUUGAUUGCGCGCAAUAUGCCAAAGGAUUAGAAAAAUUGUUUUUACGUAUGUGGAAUAAAUUUGAAAACGGUGAACAUCCUGAUCACAUAUCUGCGCUAUAAUAAAAGAAAAAUAAUGUCAAUUGAGAUUUUCACAUGCCAGUGGGAAUCAGAAGAAAAUUUAAAUUUUAAAUUGUAUAUGUGUUAAAUAUAUACAAGAGUUUUCUACCUAAGAAGACCCGAAAAGUUAAUACCCGAAUUCAUUUAUAAAAACCUACCUUUGAGAUGUUAGUUUUUGUUAGAAUUAAACACAGCUUAACAGAUACACUUGUAAGUAUCUUGUCAAGUUAAAAAAAAACAUGCUUAUAAAAAAUAAUCUUGAGUUUAAAGUCGCAUCGGCUUAAUCAUAAGUCAUAUAUAAUUAAAAUAUUAAAUUUCCCGUAAACAUUAUAAUAAAAUUAAUGAUUUUACGUUCGCUAAUUGCAAGAUACCGUAGAAACAUGGUAAAGAAUA